UUUCCCUUUUAAGCUGAUGCAGCAACCGCUGCAUCAGUGUGCUGCUGUUGUGUGUUACAGACGGGUUCUUCUAACUUUGGGAGGCGCUGCUGCUGUGAUGGUUCACUGAUGCAAACCAAGGAAAACUGGAACAGGAUGUGGGCCUUUAUAAUUCUUUGUCUCCUGGGACUCUCCGUCUGUCAGGCCAACGGAGAAGGUAAUUCAACACAAAUGCAUUACGUCAAACUGAUCAUAGAGGAAAGUGCAAUCGACAACAUAACUAAGAUUCUGAAACCUUUUGACUAUAAAAACAUCCUGGUUGACAACCUGAAAAAGACAACACUCUGUCAGACUGUCUCGGCUGGCACAGUGUGUAGCUGCAUGCCGGACUUCAGAUGGAGCAAUGAAGUUUGUCAAUCUCAGAAAUGUUGCGGCAACAAUGAUUGCACCUUCGCCAACAUCCCGGCUCCCAUGUGUGUUUCGAACAAUUCAGUUGCAGUCACUGGAUCAAUUUAUUUAAAAGGAGUGGAUUAUCAAAAUUGUCUGAAAGAAAAAUACUCUAAGGAAUUCCAGCAGUGUAAUGACAAACUGUUAAAAGAGGUGAAAACAGUGUUCAGCACUUUGACGGGAUUUGACAUCUUAACAAUAAAGAAAUACAGGCUUGGAAGCAUCAUUGCAGAUUUUGAAAUGAUCAUUGCUUACAGCUUCAAACAACAAGAUCUGAUUAAAGCAUUGCAACUCCUGAGCGAAAAUCUGUCAGCAUCUCUUAAUUUGGUGACCACAGGUUUUGUCCAUUUAUACAUGACACCUAGCCCUGUAUGCUCCAGCUGCACACCCAGCCUCAUAUGCACAUUACAGGAGGACCUGAACACCCCACCGGUGUGGCAGCUAAAAAGAACAGACGGAGUGUUUGUGAUAUUCAACGGCACAGAGUCAGAGGUGACAUCAGCACCAGCGGUGACCAGUGUCGGACUUAACACAAAGAUAUCAGAGCGUUGGGAAGGAGAGUACUCAUGUACCUAUACUCAAAAGUUAAAUUCAUACACCAUAACUCACAAAGCCAGUGGUGUAAUGGACAUCGCCCUCCUGCCAGACAUUCACAUCACCACAGUACCAGAAUUUCCACGCUGCCGACGAGGUUCCGAUUUUGUGAACGUAAGAGUCAACUGUGUUAUAGGGAGCAACAGCAAGGAAAAUUAUACUGUGACAUGGAAAGGCAAAAACAUCUUUACAGAUAUAAUACCUUCUGGUGUUUAUUCAGGUGAAACAAUUGUAAGCUGUGACGAACCCAAGGACGGGAGAAAACCACAACUAACAUGCAAUUUCAAAAACAUUUGUGAUGAACACCAAAAUGCUACAAUUGAAGUCAAUAUCAUAUAUGAAAAUGAUUCAUUCUGUCCAGCUGAAGGGGAUUGGAGAGACACCAAAGCUAACUACACUGCUUACUUAAAAUGCCCAAACGCGGCUGGACAAAGACAGAGGAAAUGCUCUGCAGGGAAAUGGGGAGCAGUGGUUGAACAUUGUGUGAACCUGGACGUGAACCUCGCGCUGCAGCAAGCAAACAUUGUCGACGUCGGACUUGGCUCAAAAGAUCAAAAUGCUGCAAAUGUAUUUUCCCUCCUUGGGAAUAUCACCAAUAACACAAAGGCUAUCAACAGCUACGCCAACAUGAAUGCAGCCGUUCAAGUACUCAUCAGUCUGAGUCAAAAGUCUAUCAGCAUAGUUGAGGAAUCAGCAGUAGAUGACUUUCUGGAGUCCUCCAGCAAUUUGCUGGAACCGUCUCUUAAGGAAUCAUGGACCCUGAACACUGGCAAAAGCAAUAGUUUAUUGGCUGACAGUUAUCUGAAUUCUGUUGAGAAAUUGAUUCAGAAGACGAACAAAAAUUAUGAAAUAAAAAAAAACAACCUAGAGGUAGCAGCAUCCAUUUGCACAGAGGGAUCAAAGUGUAACAAUACGGUGUUCGAUGUCACCGUCAAUCUUAAUAGUCCAAGCCCUGGCAGUGUAAAAACAGCAGGGUUUAAAGAACUGCAGAACUAUUUUCCCGAGGAAAAGGACUUUGAGCCUAACAGCAUCGUUGUGUCAACAACAAUAACAACUACUGCUAGUGAGCAAUUGGAAUCAGUUAAUGUUAAUAUCAACUUUCAAUUGCUAAAGCCUAGGCCUCGGAACGUUCGAAUAAAGUGUGUCUCAUGGGACAAUAACACCAGAAGUUGGUCAGAAGAGGGCUGUGAAUGGAAGGGUUCUUCUGAAGAAAGCCUUUGUACUUGCACACAUUUGUCAUCAUUUGCCAUUCUAAUGUCAAGGUAUCCCACAGAAAUUAAUGGGCUAACAGAUGUGACCUAUGUCGGACUGUCUAUAUCAGUCGUGUCACUUGUUAUCACCAUGGUGAUAGAACUGACUGUCUGGAGCGCUGUAGUUAAGACCAUUGGUUCGUAUUUACGCCAUACUGUCCACAUGCACAUUUCUCUAUGUUUGCUAAUUGCCAAUUGCUGUUUUUUAGCAUCUUCUAAUCCAAAACUUCUUACAGAAAUGUGGUGCAAGAUCUCUGUGCUGUUGAAACAUUUCUGUUACCUGUCCAUGUUCUUUUGGAUGUUGUGUCUGAGCAGCAUGCUUCUUCACAAAACCGUUUUUCCGUUCCAUCAAACGAGCAAAAAAGCCUACAUGAGAUUCUUUCUAUUCCUGGGCUACGUGUGUCCGUUGCUGAUUGUUGUUAUCACGUUUCUUGGCUAUAAUGGUGGUGCUAAAGACGUGUACUUUUCCAGUGAUACCUGUUGGCUGCGUUAUAGUGGACUAAUGAAAGGGUCCAUCCAUACAUUUGUCAUACCGGUCGGUAUAAUUGUCUUCUUCAAUGUGUUCUCCAUGCUGGUGGUGAUCAUGAAGCUUUUGGAUCACCCUAUAAAUACAGACAAAUCCAAUGAAACGGAAAAUGAAAAAAAGGCUGCCAUAACUGCCCUGAGGUCAGUUAUUCUUCUGACGCCAAUCUUUGGUGUGACUUGGAUUUUUGGGUUUGCUGUCAUGGUGCUUGACCUCACAAUUGGAACUGUCGCCUUUGUAGUCAAUUAUGUCUUCACCCUGCUGAAUGCAUUCCAGGGUUUGUUCAUUUUGUUAACCACGUGCCUGGGGGACAAACUGACCCGUGAAGCACUGCUGAAUCGUCUCAGGAAAAAUGAUUCAGCAUCGACUACUGACAGCUCCACGAAGUUAGACUCCACUUGGAAGCAAUGAAAGUCAUCAUACCAAACAUGUGCACUCUUACAUAAAAAAAAACUACAUCUUGCACAUAACACCACAGAUAAUAACUUAACCAGGAACACCAUCUAAAUGAAUAAUUCCAAUAUGCUAUUUCCAUGACAUAGGACUGUUCAAUCUUUAUUUGUGAACAUGAUCGACUCUCUCAAAAAGCCAGAGACCAGAGAUGUAAAGCUUGAUUUAUGGUUGUGUGGAGGCUCCACGCUGAGCUUUCGCCGUAGCCUACGUAAGUGGCCUGGUGUUUAUACUUGUACGUUGGUGUGCGCGUCAAUCUCAGCAGGGCCAGCAUGUGCGUGUGUGGGUGGGGGGGAGUCAGUGGUAGAGUGAGUGAGAGCGUGGCGGCGAUUAGCUUUGGAGCUCACCCGACUCUAGAGUCAUAGUGAGAGAAACAAAGUGUCUCCCCGUGCUUUCUGACCACAGUGGGAUAUCCGUAGCAGGAGGAGUUAACCCUCUCCUGGAUUUCAUGUUGUUUAUGGAGAAGGAGAACCACAAAAUGAGUCGGGGGGGAAAUGUAACACUACUAUGCCACGGCUGUACGACGUAUAGUUAAAUUUUUUGAGAGGUGCACAUCAGGCUAAAGCAUAGGGUCCGACGUAGUUUUGUGUCUCCACGUACCUACGUACGUAGCCACGGCGUAGAUUUUACGCAGAAGUAUAAAUCAAGCU